UCGACUCGACUCGACUCGACUCGACUCGACUCACUUUCCGGGUGGUAAUCAGUAGCCAUCUAUCUGGCGGUUCUGAUCUACUAAACGCUUGUCGGGACACUUGUCCAGCAGAGGUGUUAGCGCACCCAUCCACCGCUUGCCCAACCAGGCAUCCAGUUUCGCGGAACAACAUAUCAUACUAGCUAGUACAUGUACUAGCUAGCUACAGCAGUACCGAUAACAUGGACCGUAUGCUAUGUGGUAAACAAUACUGGAGGCAGCCAAAAGGUUUGGCCUCAUCAGUCUCCUGAUUGGAAGGCCAAUAGAACAUAGAACACUGGCUAGAACAAGAACUCUUGACCUUCCUUCGCCCUUUGUUCUUGCUUUGCAAACAGGUGGGGCUCAUGGAAUUAGAGGACAAGGAUCCUUGGACAGAAGCCUCAAAAUAAAUAUCGAUGAACCAGGAAACGAGUGACAGUCCUCAGUCGAGUCGCCAAUCACAAAUCACAAUUCUCCCACGAAGUUUCCCCGGAGGCUUCCCGAUGGCCGAUGCCGAACAUCAAAACCACUGGGCAGUGGCCCCCAACAGACACUUCACCGCAGCUGCCUCCUGAAGCUCUGAAGUUAGCUGAUACAGUAACCGGCACUCCAUCGUCUGCGUCCACGUUCACAAUCUACAGUAGCCAGUUAGUUGAUAACACACCACCAUAAAUUCCAAACCAGCAGGUCAACGAGAUCAGCAACCAUUGCAGUCCUCGUCCUCGUCCUCGUCCUCCCUGCUCCACCUGCCCGCAAGUCCAUCCAUUACAGAACGAACUUUUAAAAGACGGGCGUAGUUGACCUUCAAUUGAUUGACUGUCUGAUAAUGAUGAUUGGAGUUCAGAAGCAGCGGUUGGUGGUAAUAUGGCUUUGCUUAUGUUGGCUUGCAAGCAGUACCAGUAUAGCAGAGAAGGCCACCAUUGUCGUCCUCCAAGAUGGUGAAGCAGCCUCCAAGGCCAAUGCUACCAACACUACCUCCGUCACUACUAAUAAUCAUCUGUGUCCCCACGAUCGUGUGAUUCCCUUCAAUCCAGCCCGUCACCAGAAACGCGUCUACAAAGUGGGCGUCUUGGCGAUUCGUGGCUUUGAAGCGGCCUACAAUGAGUUCAAUACGACCUUUCAAGACUACCUGACUGCCACGGCCGGACAACGCUUUGAUCCUCCGUUGGAAUUCGAACUGGUACCACUCAACUUCAAACUCCUCUUUACAGAUACCGAACAAGGAUUGGUCGAUUUCAUCUAUGUCAAUCCCUCCGCGUUUUCCUGUAUCGAAUCCGAGUUUACCGCCCACUCCCUCGUAUCGCAAGUCUCGCGACGUAAGAUUCAUGGCAAUGAAUACCAUCUCAAAAUGUUUGGCGGGGUCAUUAUGAAACGCGCCAACGACGAGCGCAUCCAAUCCAUUCACGACCUCACAGACAAGGUCAUUGCCGCCGCUUCCAUUAGUGGACUGGGGUCGGGGCAAAUGCAAUUCCUGGAACUGCAAAAGGCGGGGAUGAGUUAUAUCAAUGACCCCAAACAGUUGGUCUUUACAUCUAAUCAAGGGAAGGUCGUCAAAGGUGUCCUUAGUGGCAAGUUUGAUGUGGGGUUUGUCAGGACGGACCAAAUAGAACGCACCAAAGAUGCCAAUGGCACACUCCUCGAUCCAAACUUGUUCUCCGUCAUUGACCCCGUCCCGGAUCUCAACAUCGAUGGAGAUCCAUUUCCGUUUGAAGCAUCCACGCCAUUGUACCCAGAAUGGAAUCUGGCCGCUCUACGAUAUGUUGCGGACGAUGUCUCACAAGCCGUACAAUCGAGCAUGUUGGCAUUGGCCGAUCAUGCUUCGGUGGCAGUACAGUAUCACGAUUGUGUCAAACAGUUUCCCAAUCAUACCGACGACUUUUGUCAUUUCGACAACCUUCCCAAAGCACGGUGCGAUACCACCCAAGAAGUGGCAGAAAUUGCUCUCGCUGCCAGUCAAAAGGGCAAGUAUGCCGCUUGGACCACCACUUUGAGUUACAUGCAAUUGCGAUCCAUGCAAGAAGUCACUGGCUUUAUCAACAUGGAUCCAGCCGACAAUAUCUUUAAAUGCACUCGACCUUCCACACUCUACGACAGUAUCACCUGUCCCGAAGGAUAUUACAAGGCAUCCGAGCAGGUUGUGAAUCAGGCGUGUUCCACCCGGGAGUUGUCGUGCGAAGAAGGAUUCCAAUGCAUCUGUUCUCCCUGCCUUCUCAUUCAAACAUGCAAUCAUGGCGUCGAAAUCAGAGGCAAGUGCGUCAGUUACUCCAUCUUUUUACCUGCCAUCUUGGUACCCUUUUUUCUUUUGUGUGCCAUUGCGGUCCAUUACUACGUUGAAUAUAAACGCAAACAGGCGGAUUCCAUCUGGGCCGUCCAACCGGACGAACUCGAAUUUGAAUCGCCACAAAAAGUACUCGGAAAAGGAACCUUUGGGUAUGUCUUGUUGGCGGAAUACCGAGGCACCAAAGUGGCCGUGAAACGAGUCAUCCCGCCCAAGGGCAGUUCGCGGUUGGCACAGAGAAAAUCACGACGGGCCGUGCAGCACAGUCGCACCAUGGGAUCAGACGACAAUACCGAAAAUAGAGACAGUGCCAGCGAUAAGGAUAUUGAAAGUCAAGUCAGUUCGAACGUCAACCUGGGGCUCAAGAGCAUGGGUCCGGAAAAAAUGAUGCACUCUUUGGACAAUUCACUCAAUCGACGAAAUCCGGGGAUGCGCAGUAUGGCAUCGAGAUUGGCAUCGCUCACGGGGUCCAACACCGGGACACUCCGAAAACCACCUCAUUCGGAUCUCAAGCAGGAGUUCAUGAAAGAGAUGCAACACUUGUCCAAGCUUCGACACCCCUGCAUCACGACGGUCAUGGGCGCUGUGGUAGCCAAGGGGGCAGAACCAAUGCUGGUGAUGGAGUACAUGAACCAGGGUUCGCUUCACGAUGUGCUCAAAGAUGAAACCAUUGAACUGGAUACGGAUGAACACCUCAUUCCCAUCCUACAAGACAUUGCCCAAGGAAUGCGCUUUCUACAUGCUGCCAAUCCGACUGUGAUUCAUGGAGACUUGAAAGCGAAGAACGUUCUGGUUGACAACAAGUUCAGAGCAAAGGUUACGGACUUUGGGCUCAGUGCCAAGAAGAGCAACAAUGCUUCCGGAACACCGUAUUGGAUGGCUCCGGAACUGUUGAGGGGCGAUAGCACCAAUACGGCCAAGAGCGACAUCUACGCGUUCGGGAUUCUCAUUUAUGAGAUCUUCUCCCGAAAAGACCCUUACGAGGGAGAGAAUCACAUUGAAGUCUUGCGCAAGAUUUGUGAUCCCUUCGUCAACAAACGGCCUCCUAUACCCGACGGGUGUUCGUUCAAAAUGGCUGAAUUGAUGACUGAGUGUUUGUCAUUAAACCCCGCGGCGAGGCCUACAGCAGAGCUGGUCGAUGUGGCCGUGCGUGUCGAAGGGUCAGUCAAGGAACGAACAAGCAAGCUGGAACAGCUCAAUAGGGAGUUGGAGGAAGCAAACAAGAAGAUCGAAACGGCUUCAUCCAUGCAACUUGAGCACUUUGCUUGUAUGUCACACGAAAUUCGCACUCCGUUGAAUUGUAUUGUCGGGCUUUCUAGUCUCAUGGAGGAAUCGAAUUUGAACGCAAGUCAGGCCGAAUCGAUCGGCAUGAUUGCUUCGUCCAGUCGGCUGCUUCAGAGUAUCGUUGACGAUGUGCUCGAUUUCAGCAAGCUUCAAUCGGGCAAUGCCGAGGUCGACAUUAAGAAAACCGAUAUCCAGAGGGUCGUGGCCGAUUUGGCGUCGUCAAUGCGAGCUAGUGUGCUAGCCAAGAAACGAAAUGUGAACAUUGAAAGCUGCUUCACACCUUUGACUCGUCGAUACGUGGAGACCGACGGACGAAGGCUACUCCAGAUUCUUUUCAACCUCGUGUCAAACGCAGUCAAGUUCAGCAAAAAUGAUGGAGUCGUGAAGGUUGCGAUCGAUGUUUGCCCACGAACAUGGCCCAUUGGUGAGAAAGAACCACAGGAAGACGAUGAUGGUGAACGCAAGCCAUUAGUUAAGUUUGCGUUCAAAGUGCUACGGUUCACAGUCAAAGAUUUCGGCAAGGGUAUCGAAACGCACAACUUUGACCGCAUCUUUCAACCUUUCACUCAGACCAACUCUGGUGUCAACAACAUUGAUGGCGGCACAGGGCUUGGACUUGCCAUUACCGAAAAGCUCAUCAGAGCUUUAGGAGGGGACAUUCGAGUGGACAGUGUCGUGUCCGAGUGGACCGAAUUCACCGUUGACUUCCCCCAUGACGAGCCUCCUCCUUGCAUUCAUGACAUUAGUACCAAGUUCACCAGAGCCGACAUAUACACCGUGGGCGAGAACCAGCACAUGUCGGACAUUUUCACAUUCUUUAACGUGAAAACGUUGCCCACUUUGACCAUGGCUGAGGUGGAAAAAGCCCUUCAACAGCAACCCAAGCCACCCAAUGCGGAAAAGCGAGCGAAUCUGUGCGUGGUGCAAGCGUCUCUCUUCGACAAGGAGAUUACGGAACGUUUGUCCAAGAAUUUCGGUAUGCGGGUGGUGAUCAUUGGUCCGAUGAAAUUAGAUAUGGAAGGUGUGAAACAUUAUCAGUACUUGGGUGAAGUUGUACCUUCGAAUUUCAUGGCCGACCUGGGAGACUUGGUGAAUGAGUCACUGAACAUUCAGAGGUCAGAAAGAAUCAACCACGAACUGACUGCAAGUGCUCGAGUGAGCGCCGACCUUACCAAGCUGAGAAUCCUGUGCGCCGAAGACAACUUGGUGAACCAAAAGAUUCUUGUCCGCAUGUUGAAGCGUGUUGGAGUGUCUCAUAUCGUAGUUGUUGAAAACGGCAAGCUUGCUGUGGAGAGGGAAGCCGAGGAGGAAUUCGACAUUGUGUUGAUGGACAUGCAGAUGCCCGUAAUGGACGGAAUCGACGCCACAAAGCUAAUCUUGGCUCGUGAGGGCGGCCACAAGCUACCCCUUGUGGUGUUUGUGACGGCGCAUGUCUCGAGCACCUUUGAAACUCAAUGUAUGGAGUGUGGUGCCACAGCCUACUUGCCCAAGCCCUACACGCUUCCUGUUAUGAAAGCGACCUUGACGGAGGUUGCCGAAAAACUUUUGUAAACAACCACAAGAACUAACUAUCCUUCCCCAAAGCAUCGGGGCAGCUGUUCACUCCCGUCGACACCAUGUGGGGGUGGUUUCCCUCGAGUCCAGCUGUGCACUCGGUCAAACACGGCGCUUUACUUACCUUGUGGCAUUUGUCUAGCUAACUACAGCGAAUCACAACUCCACUUGAGAUCCAGCGAGGCAGUCAGGCACACUCGGACACCAGGCCAAAUCUACAUGCCAAGAAGCACUGGUUUCUUUGUCCGCUGCUGGAAGAUCUCCAAGAUCCAAACGUCACACAACUUCCCUCUCCAGCUUUUCUCCAGAGUUUCACCUUGACUCACAGCAGCACUGACAAACAACAAUGCCAAUAAAGCUAGCACUAUCCAUAGAAAUACAACUAAUAAUAAUAUUUCACAUUUGGC